AUGUCUUCCACUUUUAGGCAUUCUAUACGCCAUUUAACAUCAUGUGCUUCAGCAAGAAGAAAACCCGGUCGUAACUCAAGCUCCAAUAAACAAGUUUCGUCAACAGUUGAAACAAAUGUUAUACAUGAAGAUGAAAAUCGACAUUCAUCGAAACCAUCCUUAUUACCAAAAAAAUCUUCAUCAUCAUACAAACAUUAUAAUCAUCUUGCUGGAUCAACAGCACAAUCUACUAAUCAAGAUAUUCCACCUGCAUUACCACCACGUAAACCAUUGGAUAAAAAGAACAGUGUUCAAAUGUCACCAACAACACAAAAUCCAUCUGUAGGCGAUAAUACACCAUCACAAAUAUCAUCUAGUACAGUCGAUGACAUAUCAUCUUCAUCAUCGUUGGCUCCUCCUCGUGUUUUACCUAAUAAAGAGAUUAGUACAAGUUUGGUUAAUUUAAUGGGUACUGCAUCGGAGGCAAUCAGUAUCAAUAAUAAUCCAACACAACCAGUUACACAAGAAACUCAACCACGUAAAUAUAGCGUAUUUGGCUUUAUUCAGAACAUAACGAUCAAUAUGCGACGACGUGAACGAGCAUUAACAACUGAGAUUCGUUUACAUAUGAAUUCCGAUGAGAAGUUAUCAGGAAUGUCACCAAUAUUUACUCAUCGAAUGAUCAAUUUAUCGCCAUUAUUACAUAUUCGUAGUAACAAUUAUUUCCGUUUGUCUACAGCUCCUGCUACUACCGUUGAUCGAUUGGGACUAUUUGAGCCAUUAUCUAAUGUCGGUACAACUGGUAUGGUUGAAUCGCCAUCAUCACAACGAACAGUUUUUCUUGGUAAUCAUGCAACAAUGACAUAUAGUAAACCAACAAAUGAGUAUACAUGGUGUUAUGAAAAUUCAACUUCUAUCCAUGAACAUUUUAAUUGGUAUGGUAUUAGUGAAAGUCAGGGACCUAUUAUUAUUUCAUAUAAACAUUCUAUUGAUCAAAAUAAACAAAGAUCUAUAAUGUCAAUUAUUAGAACACGACUACGAACAUUUAUUGAAACUAUAUCGGAUAUACAUUCAUUAUCUACUCCUCUUGAUAUAUUACGUCGACUAUGUGAACAAUGUGCUAUUACAGAUAUAGAAUAUUUUGAUCCGGUGCUGUGUGAUGGAGCACAUGAUUUAUUACUAAAAUAUGAUGAAUCACAUGUAUCUAAUCAACAUAAAUUUGGUAUAAUAUAUCAACGUGAAAAUCAAUUAACUGAAGAAGAUAUAUUUAGUAAUGAAACACAUAAUAUUGCUAUGGAUAAAUUUCUUGAUUUAAUUGGUACACGUGUUAAACUAAAAGAUUUUCGAGGAUUUCGUGGUGGUCUUGAUGUUAAAUCAGAUCAAACAGGAACUGAAUCAAUUUAUGAACAGUUUCGUAAUCAUGAAAUCAUGUUUCAUGUUAGUACAUUAUUACCAUAUUCAAAAAGUGAACGACAACAACUUGAACGUAAACGUCAUAUUGGAAAUGAUAUUGUUGCAAUUAUUUUUCAAGAAACUGAAACAAUAUUUAAUCCUGCAUGUAUAGCAUCACAAUUUUUGCAUGUCUAUCUUGUUAUAACACCAUUAAAUAAUGAUGGUACACAAUUUAAAGUAUCUGUUAUUCAUCGUGAUAGUGUACCAUCAUUUGGACCAAAUUUUAAUCAUUCGUCAUCAUUUAAUUGUGAUCAUACAUUUAAACAAUGGUUAUUAACAAAAUUAAUUAAUGCUGAAUUGGCAUCAUGUCGUGCAAGUACAUUUCAAAAAUAUCAAGAACGUACAAAAAUGAAUUUAUUUGAUAAUUUAUAUCGUACAUUACAUGAUAAUAAUCGUCCAUUAAUGAAUUUUAUUUUAUCUAAUAGUCAAUAUAAACAUGAAUGUGAUAUUGAACAACAACAAAAAGAAGAAAUACAUAAUAAUUCUUCUAUAAAAACAUCUGAUCGUCAUACUGAUAGUUCAUUACUUGGUUCUGUGCGACGUCGUUUUAUUGCACCAAAAUUACGUAUACAGAAUUCAACUGAUAAUGGAAAACCAUCAUCAAACAAUAUAAUAACACCACCAUCGAAUGGUACAAAUGAUUCAAGAUCUAAAGUACGUUCAAUGACAAUGGAUUUACGACGAAGUGUAUCACGUGAAUCAAUUACAACAAAUGGAAAUAAUAUGACUAAAAUGUCUUCAUUCUUUUCAUCAUCAAAGACUAAUAGUCCUCGACUUGAUAAAUCAACUACAAAUCGUUCUUUAUUAGAUCAUGAAAAUAUUGAUUCCGCAUCAAGUUUACGUUCCAAUACAAAAUUUUUAUCACCUGCAACAUGUCCAUCAUCGCCAUGGACAUCAACACCAACUAAUGGUUUUCUAACAUCACCAUCUCAUGAAUGGAAUCAUAAUGGAGACUCUUAUUCACAUACAACAUCUAUCUUGAAUACAACAUUUAAUUUUAAUAAUAAAUUACCAUCCGAUGAUAUAGAUAAUGAUAUUCAUAUGCAACUUUUACCUGACGAUCUUCAAUCAACUUCAAAAGACGAUUUAAUUAAAUUUGUUAUUGCAUUACAACAACAACAUUCAAUAAAAAUAGCUCAAAUGGAUCAAAUUCAUUCGAAUGCAUUAAAACAACUUGAAACCCAAUUAUUGCAACAGAAAAAUAUCAUCCAACGCGAUAGUCCAUAA